AUGGUUCGGUUCACGGAUCUAGCCCGUGUCGAUUUUAUAAGUGGCAGCAAUAUCAGCAUUGUCAACAACAUCCCGGCCUUUGCUGAUGUCCUCAAGUCAAUCAUCCCUCCAGCCACUGCACCUGCUACACCUGCUUCAACCACCUCUGCCCCCAUGACGCUGCGCUCUCCUCUCGUGCCUCGUUCUAAUGUGCUGCUCACCCCUUGUCCCAAACCAACUCACAUGACCAUGAUAGCAUUCUGCGAAGCUUUCAAGCUGUCAGAUACUACUACAGCGGCUCUCUCAAUGUUGGAGCUGGAUGGUCCUCACUUGCUGCCGCAUCUGUCAGAUCCCGAUUUGGAUCGGUGGAUGACUGUUGGUCAGCACGCUGCCAUGCGUUAUGCCCAGUCGCUGUGGAUGAAGGGUUAUGUUUCUCUCUGA